CACCUGCGAACUUCCUUUUCGCUGUUGCUGUUGCCAGUCUUCUGCUGGCUGAGAUCGCUGGUUCUUCGUGCGGCUUGAAGGUCAAAAACAAAUGGAAACAAAAUGGCACAAGGAGGAAAUAAGGAGGCAAAUAGAGAUGUCUUUCCAUCUCUUUCCUCCUUACCGGUAGCUGAAGAAGCUGGUCACAUCAUUGAUUAUAACUAUGGGAAAAGGUUUGAUACAAGAAUUGUUGAGACCGGGGAGGUGAACAUAAUCGAUGAAUCACAAGAUGACAGUUCCGACUCUUCUAGCCUGUACAAAGAGCAAUUCCUGAAGGGUAACACGGCCCUAAAGAAGAACAGCCUAGAUGAAGCUGAGGAGCAUUUUGCUGCAGCUCUGAGGACAGUCCAUGUUAAAGGUUUGAUCCAACGGCAGAGCAAUACCAGAAAGAGACAGCGCCUCUGUUUAAGUUAGGUGAAGUUUACUUGAAGCGAGGUUUGCUUUCAAAAG